UGCGCCCCCACUCAUAUGUUCACACUGUCUCUAUCCUUAUACAGAGCAUAAGCCUUUCCCUUUGCCCACAAUCUCUGCAUUUUCCAGUCACUAUCGAUCGCUAGUUUCCUUUCAUCCUAAUAUAAUAAAUCUCCGAUCAAUCAUCCUUUUGCUACAAAAUGGUGUUGAGCUGGAACGUUUUUUGUUCACUGGCGGUGUACAUUCUCGCCGUGUGGCCAAUCACCGCGGCGGCGGAAGAUUGAGGCUCCGUCAUAAUGAUAAACAACCUGGCUGACUGUCUAUCUUUCAUCUCCAAUGGCAGUGCGAGGACGGAGCCGCAGGGGACCUGCUGCUCCGGGCUUAAACUUGUGUUGAAAACCAACCGGAGUUGCCUAUGUGAAGGGUUUAAGAGCAGCGAGGAUUUCGGGGUUUCUCUCAACGUCACCAAGGCCAUGACGCUCCCCUCUGCUUGCAACGUUAGUGAUUCAUCUGUUACCAAAUGCGCCUUGUCGCCGUUGUCUUCAAGAAGAGUUCCUGCUAUGGUGGGAAGUCCGACAGGAAGUUCGUCGGUGCCGGUAGCUACUUCUCCAAUUCAAGGAAACUCUGUUUCCUCCAUGGUGGUACCGGCCUUUGUUGUCGCUCUUGCUGUUGCUGCUGCAAUUUUUGCGUUGCUAUUAUGAGUUGGAAAUUGGAUGAACUACUAAUGUGUGCUUUCCUACUAGCUAAGACCAAGUAUGCAAGCGUAAGAAGGAUGUAAUGAAUGGACAGAAUCUCAAAAAUUGGGUUUGAUAAGGGAAAAAAGGGUUUAUCCCUUGAGAAAAGGGUGGAGAGUGUGGAGUGAGGGGAUUAGAAUGGUCAGCCGACCCCCCUAAAUGGUCAUCGAAGCCAUUUAAAAGUUCGAGAAUAAAGCUAUGUUUCGCAAGCAUAAGUCUCUACCUUCUAUCUUUUGUAUUGUUCAAAAAAUCUCUAAAAGUUUCUAAUUAUAUGUUUGGCAUGACAAUUUUUAAGAGCUUUUCAAAAAUUAAAAGAUCGUUUUUGAGAUGUACAGGGAGAUAUAAAGCCCGUGAGUUUUAGUAUUAAUUAGUCCUAACAGUUUGUAUACCAAAUCGAACUAAUUCAAACAGUCAGCUUUUUAUCAAACAGCUACCACCUUUGGAUUUGAUCGAGAAAGCCAAGGUUGAAGCUGAAAAAUUGGCGAUUGAAUUAAAUAUUCAACCCCAAUUUCGCGAAACACGUGUUCGUACAAAAAAAGAGGUUUUUCGAUGAAAAUGCAAUGGCUGAACCCAUAAAAUCAGCAGAAAGUGUAUUCAAGUUAACUUACUUCUUGUUUGUUGUUGAUAAUGCUAUAUCUUCACUUACUACUAGAUUUGAGCAGUUUCAAAAAUACGAGAAUACAUUUGGAUUCUUGUAUGACUUGAGUAAGUUGAAGGGACUUAGCGGUGAGCAAUUGAUGAGUUCUUGUGAAACGCUUGGCAAAUUCUUGAAGCAUGAGGACAGUUGUGAUAUUGAUGCAGUUGAGCUGUUUUCAGAAAUACAGUUGCUUGGAAAAUCUUUACCAGAAUGCACAACAAAAGUGAUUGAAGUGUUGGAGUACAUAAAAGAUAUGCAUAUUUCUUUUCCAAAUGCUUGGAUUGCUUACAGGAUUUUGUUGACUAUCCUGGUGACUUUGGCUAGUGCAGAAAGAAGCUUUUCAAAGCUGAAGCUUAUAAAAAACUAUCUACGAUCAACCAUGUCGGAAGAUAGAUUAAGUGGCUUAGCUAUUUUAUCGAUUGAAAAAAAAAGUAUUAGCUACUCUUGGUUGCAGUGAUGUUAUUACCGAUUUUGCACUUCAAAAGGCAAGAAGAAUAGGCCAAUAGGGUGUUACACGUACAAGUUUGUGAUGUAUUUUGCAAAUGUUUGUACUAUUGCCUUUAAAACUUAUCCUUUUGAAUAUUAAAAAUAUUAUAUCGUA